AUGACAGUGAAUUGGACAUUACCGCUCAAGAUACUGUAUUCAGUGGCCAUCUCAUGUUUCUUUGUAGUGCCAGCUAUGGUGGGCUAUGCAUUGCGCUUGGAAAUCACCAGAAAGUCAUUUUGGGUGCUAGGUGUGUACGGCAUGGUUGUAUUUUUAUUCAUCUUUUUGCAGCUAUUAUUCGCCACACUGAACCGGAUCAUGGUGCACAGAUACAAAAACAAGCUGCCAAAUGCAGUAUCGCGAUAUCAGCAUUUGAAACACCAAUCUAUCAAUGAAAAGGUGAUCCAGAUUGAUUAUGUAGAUCAACAAGAUUUUCCCGAGAAGACAGUGUUGGAGCCAUCUGUCACAGAUGCCUCGACAUCAUCAGCAGCAUCCUCAUCUACAUCCUCUACCUUGACCGACCCCAACAAGCCAGCAGCAAGCAACAGGCAGAGUGGAAGACCCGCUACGCUCAUGGGGCUGGCUGUGGUGGGCUACCGUGAGGAACCCACCUUGUUUACAAAAUGCUUAGAGUCUAUCAAGGAGCUCAAUUACCCUGACGCUUUCAAAAUCAUCGUUGUGAUUGACGGCGAUGCGCCAGAAGAUAGAGAGAUGGCUAACCUCUUUCAAAAGAUCUUCCCGCAAGGCCCCAUUUUGGUUCUACCAGAACUAUUGUCUGACUCGUUUGAAAAGAUUAGAAAAAAUGCCAAAGAACAGCAGCAGCAGCAGCAGCAGGAAGGAGCAACAGCAGCAGAAAAGAUAGCCUUGGAUCCCGAUUAUGACCAGCUCUUAAGAGACACAUUUACGCUGCCUACCGAUACAACGCCCGUCUGUUAUAUGCAGCCUCAUCGCGGCAAGCGUCAUGCCAUGUACACGGCUUUCCGUGUGCUGAUGGCUGCUGGAUGUGAUGCUGUCAUGUCCACAGAUUCUGAUACCAAGUUUGACCCCAAUGCCAUGAUUGAAAUGGAGCGCGCUCUUUACUGGUUUCCCAACAUUGGAGCCGCUGCUGGAGAUGUUCGUAUAUGGAAUGCCUUUGACAGUGUGCUAUCCUUUAUGUCUUCGCUGCGCUACUGGAUGGCGUUCAACAUUGAGCGAGCAGCACAGAGCUUCAAUCGAUGUGUGACAUGUGUAUCAGGUCCCAUGGGUAUUUAUCGGUCGCAUGUAUUAAAGGAGAUUCUGGAUGACUGGAUCACACAGAGCUUUCUGGGCAUGGAGUGUACUUAUGGUGACGAUCGACAUUUGACCAACCGUGCCUUGUUGCAUGGAUACAAGGUGGUGUACACCCAUUUAGCCUUUUGCGAAACCGAGACACCCAUUGCCUUCUUGCGUUGGUUCAAGCAGCAAACAAGAUGGUCCAAGAGUUUCUAUCGCGAGUUGCUCUGGAAUGCGCGUAGCCUGCAUAAGCAUAGUCCAUGGAUGGCAGCUGAGCUCUUUUACCAAGGCAUAUAUCCAUUCGUGCUGCUGUUCUCCAUCUUUCAAAUCUUGUUUAGCAAAACACCCUUUGUGCUUUGUGUCUGGCUAAUCUCAUUGCUCGCCAUUGCCUGCAUCAAGACCAUCUAUUCCAUGCUUGUUACCUGCAGUAUUCGCUUCCUGGCUUUCCCAUUAUAUUCCUUGUAUUACAUGUUUGGCUUGGUGCCUGCCAAGCUGUGGGCGAUCAUUUCUCUGUGGGAUGUAGGGUGGGGUACCUCUGCCAGAUCGGCUGCUGAACUGAAGCGAGAAAAUGUAUUCUGCAGCAAGCUCAAGGAAGCACUGCCCAUUCUUGCCUGGCUGGUUAUCUUGUUGGGCGGUAUUGCCUUCAAUAUCACCGUCUUUGCGUUGAAUCCAGAUCGUAUCAAUGGUCUGGAAUUUUUCGGCUUUGGCAGUGGUCUAUCGUCAGACCCAACCUCUAAUGUAUUUUAUCGCAAUCCAGAUAACACCAUCAUUCCAUGA